AUGUCUGCUACCGCCGAGACAAAUAUGACUGGGACCGCCUCCGAAGCAACAAAUUCCCGUCGGAUAAGUCUCGAACUCUUCAAAAAGCGACGGAAACAUAUCUCCUGGUUCUUAAUUUUUUUGGCCAAGUAUCCACAUUCGAAAUCCAGAAUCGUGCAAGAGUUGCAGUUGAAGGAGCUACAAAAUUUCGCGGAUGAAAUAGCCGAGUACAAAGUCUGUCAGAAUGUCAUAGACGGCGCAGGCGAAUGUUUUGAAGUUCGAUGUGAUCGAAUCAAGGAUGCUUUGAUUGAGCUGAUAGAAGAGAUCCAACGGGACAACAUGAACGACAAGUUGUCUAUCACCUCAUGGGUAUGA